AUGGUGAAACUGCUAAAACCCUUGAAUUGGUCCAGAAUGAUCUGCAACAUAGCGGACAUCAUGUCUAGCAAGUCACGAUUACGUUCGUGCUCCCUGUAUUCUCUCGCGAUAUAUCUUUGUCUACUAGCCACAUCGAGCCCCCUUUGGUGCACUUCUUCCGUUGCCCAACUACCUGCUGCUUCUCCCCUACCAGGACUCACCCCUGCACCUUCGCCUUCGCUAGCACCAAAUGGAAGUGCCACUGAUCCUGACCAAAUGGCAGCGAUCUACAGCCUCCCGUGGUGGCCGGAUGUGUGGCGGUUCAGGGGCACGGUUCCCAACAUCAGCGAUAUAACAGCCCCAAAUCGAGACCCGUGUAUCAGCCAUUGGGUUGGCGUCUACUGCGACGGAGGGUUCCCCUACCAGUUCAUCCUCAACAUCACCAUCGUGGACGUUAGAGGAGGAUUCCCUCCAAAUUUCCUCAUCGCCAUGUCUAAGCUGAAAACCUUGCAGUUUCUUCGAAUUUAUCAGAAGGGUGACAAAGCGACGUCCAGCUUAGGAGGAACCAUACCCGCAAGCUUGGGGCAGCUUCAGGAGCUUCAAGAGAUCAAUUUCUGGGGGAAUCAACUCGUUGGUGGUGUGCCGGUGGACGUUGCUCUUCUGCCUAAGCUCACAUCCAUUAACUUAGCAGAUAACCACUUAACUGGACCAAUUGCGCAUUUAUGUCAAUCGAAGUCGCUGCAGACAAUACUCCUGUUCGACAACCAAUUCACUUCCGAUAUACCGGCAUGCUUAGGAAGCAUGAAUCUUACGAACUUGAACCUCGGCGCAAACAACAUCACGGGAGGCAUUCCUCCGAGCUUUAGCAACUUAGUGAACAUGGAGACUCUUAAUCUCGACAAUACGACAUUGGUGGGAGGCUUACCCAAUGCUAUGGUGGCCAAAUGGCCUCGAUUGACGUCGUUGUCUAUUCGAAGGAGCAACCUUUCGGGCCCGAUACCACCAGCAAUCGGGAGUUUGAAGCUUCUCACUUUGGUUAACCUUGCACAGAAUAAUCUCUCAGGUCCCAUUCCGGCAACUUUCGGCAACCUGGACAGUGUCGUGACGCUAGGUCUGUAUGAGAAUAAGUUGACUGGGACCAUACCUCCUGAGCUUGGAAACAUGAAAAAUCUGACAAAUCUUUUGCUGUCUGAAAAUUCAUUGUCUGGACCGAUCCCUGCGAGCCUGGGGAAGCUGUCGAAGCUGCAGCAGCUGCAUCUGCAAGGCAACAAGCUGAGUGGCGCUGUUAACAGUCAAAUGUUUCUCAAUUUCACAGGUUUAAAGGGACUAUUUCUUCAGAUGAAUAAUUUCAGUGGAGUGUUUCCGAGUCACGGCAUCUUUAAUUCCUGCAUGUCGUUGGUGAACGUGAGUAUAAGCAACAACUUCUUCAGUGGGCCUGUUUUGGAGCCAAAUACGACGCUUCCUACCAACUUGACCUUUCUACUCAUGAGCAACAACCACUUCUCGGGAGCCAUUCCAGCUGCCAUGGGAGAUCCCACGAUUAGCUUGCAGUAUCUGGAUCUGUCCAGCAACUCUCUGAGUGGAGAAGUGCCUACUCAAGUCACUGGCAAAGCACGCGUAGCUCAAAUCAAUCUAUCUUUCAACACUCUCAAGGUCACAAAGUUGCCUUCAAAGCCCGGCUUCGGCCUGUUCAACUGCCUCCCUGAGGAUAAUAAUUGCAUAGAGAAUCAGCGGGGACAUACCGAGGAGGUUGCCAUAAACGUAGGAGGACCUGAGUACCAUGAAUACGAAGCAGACAUCCCAACUUCAGACUAUUCCAUCGAGAUGUAUACAAACUCAUCAACAUCCGUCUGGUCCAUGAGCACGAGGGGAAUAGACGGUGGGGGAGUCAUUAAUGGAUCCCAAACCCUCUCGAAUGCCGAGAGCAUCGAUUCCUGGCCUCUAUACAACACUGCCAGAACAGGAGCCGAUUCGUUUCAAUAUUACAUACAUUCUCUGGUACCUGCCAAAUACAAAGUUGCCCUAGGCUUUGUGGAGCUAAAUACUGAUGUGCGCCCCGGAGACCGUAUUUUCGACAUUUGGAUCCAGGGGAAAUUGGUGUACCAAGGGAUGGAUGUGAUGGUGCGAGCCCAGGGAAUUUUCGAGCAUUUGUUCAAACCUUUGAUGUGGAAAUCAGUCAUGCUGGCGCUGGGGGGCUCCUGUCCAUCGAGCUUCGUGGACGCGGGAGUUGGCCUCUAUCGACUCGCCAAAAUUGGUAUCAUCGUGGGUGCGACUGCAGGAGGAGUGCUGCUUGCAGCAGUGUUUCUGUUGAUUGGGUUUUGCUACAUAAAACGUAAACAGAGGGAAAAAGAAUUGAGAGAGGAGCAAUCAUCACUUGGACUCAUGUUUUUCAGAUUCAGAUACAGUGAACUAGAAGCGGCAACAAAUAAGUGGUCAAGCAAGAAUUUGCUUGGUGAAGGAGCAUUCGGCAAAGUUUACAGAGGUGUUCUUUCAGACGGUACAAUUGUUGCCAUAAAGCAACUUAUCACCAAAAAGGUUGGUCCAAUGUGUUCCAAGGAGUCUUUCCUCAACGAAGCCCGGAUCAUCAGUACCACUCGCCAUCGCAACUUGAUUGCCCUCUUGGGUUGUUGCUUCGAGACUGAAAACGCCAUGUUCGUCUGCGAGUACAUGCCCAAUGGCAGCCUUCAUGACGUCCUUUUCGUGAGAGAAAUCUCGCUUGACUGGGCACAAAGGAUGACGAUCGCAAAGGACGUCGCAAACGGGUUGCGUUGCUUGCACGAAGAAACUGUGAACCGGAUCAUUCACCGUGACGUGAAACCUGCUAAUAUUCUCUUGGACGAGAAGAUGAGUGCCCGAGUCGCGGACUUUGGAUUAGCACGACUUGUAGCUGACCAAGAAAUUGACGUCGUCACUAAUGUCAUGGGGACUCGAGGAUACCUUGCUCCUGAAUACGCAUUGAAUGGACAUCUGUCAGACAAAGUGGACGUAUACAGCUACGGAGUGGUGUUGCUGGAACUAAUCAGUGGGCGCCAUGGUAUGCAACUAUCUGAAGAUGCAGAACCUAUAGGCAUUUCGAUGGUGCAUUGGAUUUGGGAUAUGGUAGAGGCAGGUAAAGUUCUCACCAUAGCCGAUCCUACUCUCGACCAUAGAUUCUACAACGAAGAUUUCAUUCGGAUGGUAGAGAUUGGGCUCUGGUGUACUCAGAGCCAUCCUCACAUGCGGCCCAGCAUGAACCAGGUAGUGCGUAUGUUGCAGAGAGAAGCUCGCGUGCCCAAGCUAGUGGAACAAAGAACCAUGUACGAGACGCGCGACACGAAGGGACUACCAGUGAACCCAUUCGAUGAGAUGGAGUGGCCAUCGUACGUGGCCGAGGUUCCGACACUGGGCUUGAAGGAGGAGAAAAACAACGGCGACACGGCCAAAAUGAGAAGUGACGACACUCAGGGGUCCAGCACCACGCCAAGCUUCGACAACUCCAUCUCGCAAGUGUCUGGUGUUACGCCGCGCUAA